AUGCCGCUGCUUCUCAGUGACGAUGGCAGCAAUGACUGCGCUGGCCAAACCACAACCACAACCUCGCCUGCCGCCGAACAUAAUGACGAUAGCGCAGCUACUCUACGCGAAAUCCAGCGCGCCGUCCAGGGCUGCCAGCGGUGUAUCAUAAUAACCGGUGCCGGCAUAUCCGUGUCCUCAGGCAUCCCCGACUUUCGCUCUCCUGAUGGGCUAUUUCAGCAGCUCAAGCAAAAAUAUCCCAACUCUGUUUCCAACGGGAAAGAUCUCUUUGAUGCGACGCUAUUUGGCGACGCAGGGAUGAUUAGCGUAUUUUACAACUUCAUGGGCGAGCUACGCACCCUUGUCAGUCAGGCCAAUUGCACGCCAACGCACAUGUUUAUAAAGGAGCUGGAUGAGUGCGGCAAGCUCUUGCGCUGCUACACACAGAACAUUGACUCGUUGGAAAAACGCAUUGGCUUGGAGACGUCGUUCCAAAAACCAGCAUCCGCCACCCACAGUGCCUCGGGCAAGGCGAGAGGUAGCCAGGAAGAAUGUUUGUCAGAGGGUAACAGUAGCAAUUUGCAGCUCUCUGAACGUAACAGCUCUGCUACAGGCGGCACGCCGGCAAACACAUCAUUAGACGCACAGCCGGGCGAACGAGCAGAGACACGGUCACAGACAAAGCUCAAAAAACAACAGCAGAAACUGGCCCCCAAGCGCAGGCGACAAACGACCCUUGACAAAACAUUUACAAAGGCAGUGCAACUGCAUGGAGACUUGGACAAUGUGGUAUGCACAAUCUGCCACACGCGUUAUCCAUUUACAGAGAAACUGGUCGAAGAAUUCUGUGAGGGGGCACCGCCACCUUGCCCGAGAUGCAAGGAGACUGAAAUCAUUCGCGAUCUGGUUGGCAAGCGCGCUGUGGCUUCUGGUGUAUUGCGCCCGGAUAUUGUGCUGUAUAACGAAGCACAUCCUCAAAGCGAGGUUAUCGGGGCUCUGAGUGAAUUCGAUCUCAAGCGGAGGCCAGAUCUGCUCAUUGUCAUCGGCACAUCACUCAAGAUCCCCGGAAUCAAGCGCAUGGUCAAGGAAAUGUCUCGCUGCGUGCGCUCAUGCUCGCUCAAAGCCAAGCGCGCUGGCGCGGGGAAGACCAUCUUUAUUAACCGCGAUGAGCCGGCACGAGGCUGGGAGGAUGUGUUUGACUUUUAUGUAUCUGGUGAUUCGGACCAGGCAAUCAGCCUGCUUCCCAUCAAGGCCGCCGAUUCCGCCGCGACGGACCAGGAUACCCCACACUAUGGCGAGAGCAGCAGCGUCGAUGACAUCGAUGAUGUCGAGGUCAAGCGCACUUUGUCAAAUAUCAUGUCAAUUAGCAGCAUUUGCAGCCCGCCGACGACAUUGAAGGCAGAGACGAAGCUCUCAAAGGCGCUUGCCGCCGCAGUGACAAAGCAAAAAAAGCAGCAUAAAAACAAGGCAGCAUCUGGUCUGGUGCGCGGCUCGGCCGGGACCAAGCAGUCGCGCACUACCCAUAAGCUCACUGCCAUGCUGAAGGUUGUCAAGGCCACAAGCGUGUCCGAAUCUAAGCGCUCGCGCCUGCCACGCAAAAUAAUGCAGCCACAGCCGCAGCCCCAGAUAGAGCAAGUCGCCAUUCCAAAGUCACCUCUGGCACACUUGGCAUAA